CAUCCAGCCCACACCGGCGGAUGUGUGCAUCACCGUAGCAACAAAAUUCACGCUUUGCAAAAGAAUGAAGUCUUGGCACCUCACAGGUUUAAGCACCAUAUGAAAUAGAUUAUUUUAGCCACACUGGACCUCUGCUGGAGGCUAAUGCCCUUGGAUAUCCAAAGCGGUGCUCCUCAUGGGAACGAAAGCAGGGGCAGAGAAAGGUUGUUAUGAAGACAUGUCGAUAUCUAUGUCAGACAGCAGGAGAUCCUGCCUAGGAAACAGGAUACCUUUCCCCUCCAAAUGUGUGGGGAAACGGAGAGCUCCAGAGGGUUGGCUGUCACACAGUUCCAUUGGACGAUUGCAGGCAAUUGUAGAACAUGAAAACCAGGAGGCCAGAUUGAUUACCUGGCCAAUGGUAGACACAGAGAAGGGUUUUGUCAAGGAUUUGGAUAGCUAUCUGAGCCAUAGGGGGACUCUGGAGCUGAGGAAGAAAGAACUUCUGCACAUGCGUUGGACAGAACGUGUCUGGAUGCCGAUCCAGAAGAACAUCAGGGACCAUCACUUACUUUGUCAGGGCAAAGAAGCAGAGAAGAUGAGGAGUGCGGUACUGCACUAUCUUGAGCACUGCAACACUAAGGGUUUUGUGUCAUUGGAAAGCUAUGAUCCAAAUGAAUACGACCCAUUUUUGCAUCUCAUCAGUGGACCACGGUACUUUAAGGUGUCCACUCCUUCCUUGAAAGACCCCCUGUUGCUCCAAUCACGAGAUAGGACAAGAGAAAUGAGGACAGUCCUACACUGUCAAACAGGGCAUGUUUUCACCCACAAACAUACAGAGGAGUUGCUCAAGAUUAAUCUGGGUCAUGUACCAUUGUCGUAUUGUUACGGGGCAACAAUGCGUCUCUCAGGGGCAACUGAGAAGCCUAACAGGUACAAUGCUUCUGAGUAUUCAAAAGACACAUCACAACAAACCUAAUUAUUGGAUAAUGUAAUUAGUGUAUGUUUUUAAGUUGCGGCCAAGCACUGCACAUGGGCAAGUUGCAGCAGCUAUAGCAUUUGCACCACAUCUGAAGUAUUUUUUUAUUUAGCAAAUUUAGGUUUAACUCUUUAUGAAUUGUUUAUAAGGUAAGGCUUGCAUAAAUGUGCUUUCUCAAGAUGUACAUAGCCCCAGUCUAUGCUUGAAAUUAAGUUAGCUCAAAAUAUAAUAAUAAACACAAUAAACAGACUCAAAUAUAACAAACUGCUGACGCAGCAUUAUACUGCAUAUUCCAGGUCACAUACGUCAGAAUUCAGUCUGCCACUUUUUAGAUGCCUUUCAACACCAGUGGUUCAUUUAAGCCAUUGGUUUGCUAAAUAAUAGUUUAUUCUCAAGUCCUUAAUUGGCUGCUGAAACCCACAAAUACUUUUUUUUGUUGCUUAGCAUAUAAAAACAAUCAAAGCAAUUCCUUACAUAGUUAACUGAUUCUUUGCAUCAAAAUUGGCUGAAAAGAGGAACCAGUAGAUGCAGGGUUGGCCACUCCUGUACUAGGUCAUUCGUGUCAGACUUGCCACUGAAACAGCUUUCCCAUAGUAAUCAGCCCUGUACCAGGACUUUAAAUAGUAAUGUUCUGGCCAAGGAUUCAACUCUCAUUACCUUGACUUAGAAAACUUAGUGUGUAAAGCCUUUUUUAUGUGCUGGGCAAACUGCUGGACAAUCAUUAUAUUGCAUGGAUAGGAAACAGAGGUUUUGCCAAAAUGCAGCAGAAAGAAA